GGAACAGUGCGCCCCACCCAACUCUCGAUUGCUGCCAGAAUCCAGCGCCAAGUGGGUCGCGGCCGCUGCCUGAAAAGGUGGUGGCAUUGCCCGUCCCGCAACCCGCAGGCGCGCAAACUCUCCGAAGCGCUUAAGAAAAACCGGCUGGGAGGCAGCCUGGAGGAGGUGGCUCCGAGAGUAAACCCACAACGCCCUGGGGUGCGGCUAAGGGGGCGUGCGGAGCUUGGGAAGCGUGGCCAGGUUCCUGGGAACAUCGUGGACCGAGCAGGGAAGGACAGGGCGUGGUGGAAGACCGAGACUCCCGGAGACGAGCUCGAAGGGCGAGGGCUCGUGCUCGCUUCACGACGGAAGACAGACGCGUGGGACUCGCGGGGGAAGAGCUGGGGACUCCCCACCCGCGGGGCCCGACCCCGCCCAAUACCUGCACGGCGGCUCCGCCCCCGUGCCAUCCAUUGGCUGCGCCCGUCACCCGUCAGACGAGCCCCCGGGGCCCGCCCCCAGCCCCGCGAGCCUCUUAGCGUUGGGGCCACGGUGCCCGCGCCACUCGGAGGGUUCCUGGCCGUCACCCGCGCGCUGCACCGUGCGCCGGCCCAUUGCCCGCGCGGGGCCGCCCGCCGCGGGCUCAGGGCGGACCAUGGGCCCCCAGAGCCCGCCGCCCACCCGCUGGCUGUGCGUGCUGGCAGGGGCCCUCGCCUGCGCCCUCGGGCCCACGGGUGGCCGGGCGACCAGGAUGCAUCAGGAGUGUGACUACCUGCAGAUGAUCGAGAUGCAGCGCAGGCAGUGCCUGGAGGAGGCCCAGCUGGAGAAUGAAACGGCAGGCUGCAGCAAGAUGUGGGACAACCUCACCUGCUGGCCGGCCACCCCUCGGGGCCAGGUGGUCGUCCUGGCUUGCCCCCUCAUCUUCAAGCUCUUCUCCCCCAUUCAAGGCCGCAACGUGAGCCGCAGCUGCACCGACGAGGGCUGGACACACCUGGAACCCGGUCCCUACCCCGUGGCCUGUGGCUUGAAUGACAAGGCAUCAAGUUUGGAUGAGCAGCAGACAGUGUUCUUCAGCUCUGUGAAGACUGGCUACACCAUCGGCUACAGCCUGUCCCUUGCUGCCCUUCUGGUCGCCACAGCUAUCCUGAGCCUGUUCAGGAAACUGCACUGCACACGGAACUACAUCCACAUGCACCUCUUCAUAUCCUUCAUCCUGAGGGCCGCCGCUGUCUUCAUCAAAGACUUGGCCCUCUUCGACAGCGGGGAGUCGGACCAGUGCUCCGAGGGCUCGGUGGGCUGCAAGGUGGCCGUGGUCUUUUUCCAGUACUGUGUCAUGGCCAACUUCUUCUGGCUGCUCGUGGAGGGCCUCUACCUACACACCCUGCUUGCUGUCUCCUUCUUCUCCGAGCGGAAGUACUUCUGGGGGUACAUACUCAUCGGCUGGGGAGUACCCAGCACGUUUACCAUGGUGUGGACUGUCAUCAGGAUCCAUUUUGAGGAUUAUGGGUGCUGGGACACCAUCAACUCCCCUUUGUGGUGGAUCAUUAAAGGGCCCAUUCUUGCCUCCAUCCUGGUGAACUUCGUCUUGUUUAUCUGCAUCAUCCGCAUCCUGGUUCAGAAACUGCGGCCCCCAGAUAUUGGCAAGAGCGACAGCAGCCCGUACUCGAGGCUGGCCAAGUCCACGCUCCUGCUGAUCCCGCUGUUCGGAGUGCACUACAUCAUGUUCGCCUUCUUCCCUGACAAUUUCAAGGCUGAAGUCAAACUUGUCUUUGAGCUGGUGGUGGGAUCUUUCCAGGGCUUUGUAGUGGCCGUCCUCUACUGCUUCCUCAAUGGUGAGGUGCAGGCCGAGCUGCGGCGGAAGUGGCGGCGCUGGCACCUGCAGGGCGUUCUGGGUUGGCAUCCCAAAUACCAGCACCCGUCGGUCGGCAGCAACGGCGCCACGAGCAGCACGCAGGUCUCCAUGCUGACCCGCGUCAGCCCCAGCGCACGCCGCGCCUCCAGCUUCCAGGCCGAGGUCUCCUUGGUCUGACCCUCAGGCACUGAGAGGCCCCAGGCGGCUCUUCUUGCCUUCUCCUGCCCGCUCUGGCCUGCACCGAAGGACAAAGGCCUGCCUCAAUGCAGCCAGGCUCAGCCCAGACUCCUAGGUCUGGACACUCCGGAGGAAUGCAGCGCUUGCACCUGCCCGAAGCCUUUGCACAGUACUAGUAAGGGGAGGCGCUGCUUGAAGUCAGAAGGAAGGGUGGAACACCACUAAGGACUAACCGGCAAGGAAUUUGCAUACUCCUGGCUCCACCCCCCAUGAUCUCCUCUGACCAAUGGGAGGAAAGCAACCUGCCAUCUUCCAAAGACUUUUGGGUGAUCUAAAGGCAGUGGAGACCUUCCAGGAAAGGUCAACCACCACCUCCCCC